CCCAUGAUAGUAAACGCGAAUUUAGCACGUGGAGCUAUUGCCUUAUCUAAAAAGAAAUGUAUUGUAAAGAGACUUGACUCUGUUAUUAAUCUUGGUGGUAUGAAUGUUCUAUGUACGGAUAAGACAGGAACUUUAACUCGUAAUAAGGUCGAACUUAUAAAACAUCUUAAUUACUUGGGAGAACCAUGUCAACUUCCUUUAUUUCUUGGUUACCUUAACAGUUACUUUCAAACUGGUCUCAAAAAUCUUAUGGAUGUAGCAGUUAUUGAAUAUUAUGAAAAUCCUGACUCAAAUGGAUCUAGUCAUUUUAAUAUAUCCCAAGGCUUCCUAAAAGUUGAUGAAAUUCCAUUUGAUUUCGUUAGAAGAAGAAUGUCUGUUAUAUUAGAAUCAAAUCAAGAUGAUCAUCGUUUCUUAAUUUCUAAAGGUGCAUUGGAUGAGAUGUUAUCUUGUUGUAGUCAUAUUUAUAUUGGAAAGAGUGAUUUUUCCGAUGGAAUUUUCCCUACUACCGAUAUUAUCCCUUUAACUCCUGAUAUUUUAGAUUCAGUCAAAAAUCUUAAUGAAAAACUUAAUAAUGAUGGUCUUAGAGUUAUAGGUGUUGCUUUUAAACGUAUGAAAGAACAUGUAGAAUUCACUGUUGCUCAUGAAAGUGAAUUAAUUCUCGUUGGUGUUUGUGGUUUCUUAGAUCCACCAAAACAAAGUGCUAAACCUGCUAUUAAAGAAUUACAUAAGUACAAUGUUGAAAUUAAAGUACUCACAGGAGAUUCACCUGUUAUUUGUCGAAAAGUGUGUGAAGAAAUUGAACUUCCAAUAAAAUCUAUCGUAACGACUACAGAUCUUGAAGGUCUUGAUGAUACUCAAUUAGAAGAAAUCGCUGAAAAGGCAACAAUUUUUGCAAAAUUAACUCCUUUGCAAAAGGCCAAUAUUGUAAAUGCUUUGAAAAGACGUAAUAAUAUUGUAGGUUUCUUGGGAGAUGGAAUAAAUGAUGCACCAGCAAUCCGUGAAA